AUGGAGGAACUAGGACCCUUCAGAGUCAACAGUGAUGGACAGACUCUAUUCCGCAAUGACUAUGCAUGGAACGAAGUGGCAAACGUACUAUUCCUGGAGUCCCCGGCUGGCGUGGGUUUUUCAUAUUCAAACACAACUUCUGACUAUGAGAAAAAUGGAGACAAGAGAACAGCAGAAGAUUCUUACGCUUUUGUUAUAAACUGGCUUGAGAGAUUCCCCCAGUACAAGACCCGAGACUUCUUCAUAACUGGAGAGAGCUAUGCUGGUCAUUAUGUGCCCCAGCUUGCUCACACCAUCCUAUCAAGGAACAAUAACACGAACCAAACAAUCAUUAAUCUCAAGGGCAUUGCAAUGGGCAAUGCUUGGAUUGAUGAUAAUACCAACACAAAGGGAAUGUAUGACUUCUACUGGACACAUGCUUUGAAUUCUGAUGAAACCCAUGCAAGAAUUGACAAGUACUGUGAUUAUUUUACUGGAAAUUAUUCAGAUACGUGCAAUCAAUAUCAAAAUCAAGGAGACUACGAAUAUGGAAAUAUUGACAUCUACAACAUUUAUGCUCCACUUUGCCAUUCAUCGGGAAGCAAACCUGGUCCCCCUGGUUCUGUGAAGUACAUUGAUCCCUGCUCCGACGAUUACGUCUCCUCCUAUCUGAAUCUACAUGAGGUGCAAAAAGCUCUUCAUGCCAUGCAAACCAGAUGGUUGGCUUGUAGGAGUUUUGGCUGGACAGAUAGGCCAACAACCAUUCUACCCACAAUCAAGCAGCUCAUGGCAAGUGGUAUCAGUGUAUGGGUGUACAGCGGCGACACUGAUGGACGGGUUCCAGUAACAUCCUCUAGGUAUUCAAUAAACACCUUCAAACUUCCUGUAGUGGCUCCUUGGCGGCCAUGGUAUACUAACAAUGAGGUUGGAGGGUACGUGGUAGGGUACAAGGGAGUCGUGCUAGCUACAGUAAGGGGAGCUGGGCAUACAGUUCCUAGCUACCAACCAGAAAGAGCCCUAACCAUGAUCUCAUCCUUCCUUCAGGGAAACCUUCCUCCGUCGUCUUGACAGGAUUUCCAUUUGAGUACUAGCAUCAUCACAAGCUUAUCAAACUGAAACUAGUAAUAAUCAAUAGAGGAGUGAAUUGUUGCAAGAUGAAUGUUUGUUAUACCCUAAAUCAAUACAUAAAACUAUUUCAAUAUUAU